AUGUUGAACCUUCAAGUCGAUGUGGUGCAAUUGUUAGAAGAUAAUGCAAAACGUAUAAUGAGCCAAACUGAAAGGUGUUGUGCAAGAAUCAAAUAUCUUGGAUUAAGUGGAAACUUACUACGGCAUACAGCGGGGUUCUUGAUUUCGAUAACAUCACACAUCGUGACAUGUAAACAUCCAAAUCAAAAUGAUGUUUUUAAAAUACGGACGUUUUAUGCGAAGGGAACUGCUGAAGAUCUCGCAGUCAUUAAUGAAGAGGCACAUCAAGAUUUGUUGUUAUUGAAGGGAACAUAUGUGCCCGAUCAAUAUUUGAAGCGGCAUGGUCCUGUCGUGGUGACAAAGCGUACAAAUUUGGGUUUGGGGACACGACCAAUCUAA